CAUGAACCGGAAAGCGUUUGUUCGACCGCUAAAAUCAAAGUGAAACGAAAAAAGAAUUGAAAAAACUCUUGUUUAGCUCAAGUAAAUUCAGUGAAAAUACAAGAUGAGUGGCAAAGACAUCUACUACAGUGACAAAUAUUACGAUGAUGAGUACGAAUACAGACAUGUUGUGCUGCCAAAAGAACUUGUUCGCCUGGUGCCAAAAACACACUUGAUGUCGGAGAGUGAAUGGCGUGCGAUUGGAGUUCAACAGAGUCGAGGAUGGGUGCACUACAUGAUCCACCAGCCAGAGCCACACAUUCUGCUAUUCAGACGUCCCAAGACAGAACCAGUCCAGUAACGCUUGUUUGUCAACCUGUUUGUCCUCUCAUGCCUUGUAAAUAAUGAACGUGUCUGUAAAGUGUAGACACUUCUUGGAUAUGAAUGAUAAUUAUUUUUCUAUGUAAUUUUAUCACAACUUUAUUUUUGCCCUUGUCUUUUAAGAUGUUGAAUGAUUUUGCACAAUUAAAAUUAAACUACAACUGUA